AUGCUAUUCCGAAGCUUUGUCGCGCUCGUGGCCACGGCCGCAACGGGCAUCUGCGCUUCGCUGCAACAGGUCAAAGACUUUGGCGCGAACCCGACAAAGAUUUACAUGUACAUCUACGUGCCUGACAAACUUGCCGCCAAGCCAGCCGUCAUUGUCGCACUCCACCCGUGCGGCGGCAGCGCGCCUUCGUGGUACAGCGGCACAAAGCUGCCAUCGUACGCCAACACCAACGGCUUCAUCCUCAUCUACCCGGGCACGCCUAACUAUAGCAACUGCUGGGAUGUGAACGGCGCGGCCACGCUGACGCACGGCCAGGGCGGCGACGCGCUGGGCAUCAUCAACAUGAUCAACUACACCAUCAGCAAGUACAGCGCCGACCGCGACCACGUCUACGUCAUGGGCUCGUCGUCGGGCGCCAUGAUGACUAACGUGAUGGCGGGGUCGUAUCCGGACGUGUUUGAGGCCGGGGCGGCCUUCUCUGGCACGGCGCACGCAUGCUUCGCCGGCUCCCAGGGCCAGCCCACGCCCUUUGGGGCCAACCAGACGUGCGCCCAGGGGCUCCAACACACGCCGCAGGAAUGGGCCAAUUUUGUCCACAACUCUUACCCCGGGUACACGGGUCGUAGGCCCCGCAUGCAGAUUUUUCACGGGCUGGCCGACACGCUGGUGCGGCCGCAGUGUGCCGUCGAGGCGCUCAAGCAGUGGUCGGCCGUACUCGACGUGCCCUUUGGCAAGAACGUCUCCGGGGUGCCGUCGGCCGCGUACACGCAAAUGAUCUAUGGCGACGGCACCAAGCUCCAGGGCUUCUUCGGGGUGGGGGUCGGCCACACGGCGCCCGUCAACGAGCAGCUGAUGCUGAAGUUCUUCGGCAUCCUCAGCUGA